AAGAUGGACUCCUUACCAGAAAAUAUGGCAAUAGAGAACCCAAUAUUAAUACUUCGCAUGUUGGCCGCUUCGUCCAAGGCGAAAAUCCCAUAUGUAUCCUCGUCCCCAUUAAAGCUGCAUAAAUUCGACGUAGAAUUGGUAUCGGACUGGCAUCUGACGAGGUUCGCCAGCAGUAAACAGGCUAAAACCGACAGGCGCCGCAUGGUGUUGGGCGAAAAAGGAGGGGGAGAGGAGGAGUGA